GAGAGGUUAAAGAGCGGGGAUCUGGCGAGUCCAGCUAGUGCGUGUGUUGCUGGCAUUAAGUUACCAAAAAUAAGUCUGAAUUUAGCGGCCAAGCACUUCAACUAUGUCAUCCAGACCUUUUGAAAGUCCUCCACCUUAUCGACCAGAUGAAUUCAAACCUUCUCACUAUGCACCAAGCAACAUUACAUAUGCUGAGGAGAUGCGCUCUCAGCCCAUGUACUCUCAACCAGCGUAUUCCUACUAUCCAGAGGAUGAAGUGCAACACUUCUACAAAUGGACUUCCCCUCCAGGAAUAAUAAAGAUCAUGUCAGUUCUCAUUAUAGUGAUGUGUGUAGGCAUCUUUGCUUGUGUUGCUUCCACAUUGCCUUGGGAUCUAGAAUUCUAUGGAAGUUCUUCUUUGGGAUCUGGUGUAGGAUAUCCUGGAUAUGGUGGUUUUGGAGGCAGUUACAGUGGCAGUUACGGUUAUGGCUCCGGAUAUGGAUAUGGUGGAGCCUAUGGCAUUGGAGGAAAUUACAUUGAGCCCCGAGCUGCUAAAGGCUUCAUACUUGCAAUGUCAGCUUUUUGCUUCAUUGCUGGAAUGGCGAUUUUUAUAAUAAAUGUUACCAACUCAAGCAUGUCCAGAACAAGAAGAUAUUAUCUAAUUGUGAUAAUAGUAAGUGCUAUCCUUGGCUUCUUGGUAUUCAUUGCAUCCAUAGUGUAUGUACUGGCAGUAAACCCAACUGCACAAGCUUCAGGAUCAGUGUUCUACAAUCAACUUGUUGCUCUGUGCAGCCAAUAUUAUGCCUCUACAAAUACAGGAAUCUUUAUGAAUCAAUACUUGUAUCACUACUGUGUGGUAGAGCCUCAAGAGGCUAUUGCUAUUGUGUUGGGAUUCUUGGUUAUUGUGGCUCUUGCCAUAAUCAUAUAUUUUUCUGUAAAGACCCGAAAUCAGAUGAAUUAUUAUGGUAAAAUGAACAUUCUCUGGGAUAAAGCAAAGGUUUAUGAAGAAGAUCCCCCCAAUGUAGAAGAAUGGGUAAAAAAUGUAAAUGCAGAACCAGUAGUGGACUACCCAGAUCGAGUUGCCAGUUCCAUGGUUUACUCUGUUUCUGAGAAAGUUAACGAAAAUCGAGUUUAUACAGACACCUACAGAGCUAUGCCGGAGUCUGAAGUUAUUGUUCCGUUAAUGAAGGACCUCACACAGUCAAAUUAUACUGGUAACAGUAGUUAUGAUGGAUCGACUAAGGAACCACCACAAAAGAGAAGAGCCGGAAGACAGAAGAGAACCAACUCUGAUAACUAUGAUGCAGAUUACACCACUGGAGGGGAGUCUUGUGAUGAGCUGGAGGAGGACUGGGACAGAGAGUACCCACCAGUAACAACAGAUCAACAAAGGCAAGCAUAUAAGCGAGACUUUGACUCUGGAUUACAAGAAUACAAGAGUUUGCAAGCUGAACUUGAUGAAGUCAGUAAAACACUCUCUCGACUGGAUAAAGAGUUGGAUGACUACAGUGAAGACAGUGAGGAAUAUAAGGUUGCUGCUGAUCAGUACAAUAGGAUGAAGGAUAUAAAAGCAUCAGCAGACUAUAAGAACAAAAAAGCACAGUGCAAGAAACUGAAGAGUAAACUGUCGCACGUAAAAAGGAUGGUCAGUGAUUAUGACAAUCGGAGAUCAUAGAGGAGAAAAGAAGGAAACAAAUUAGAAUCACUAAAUAGGUUAUGUCCAGUUUUGUAACAAUGGGAUAUAAAAUGGCUUUGGUUGCAGCUGAGAAGCAAAACCCCUUUUGUCUUAUUGGUUAAAAAACAAACAA